UUGUUUGUAAGAUAACUAAUGCAUGUCGCCCGCGCGCGUUGAAGGCAUGCGACGAGAGUGAGAAAUGAAAGAUUUUGCUAGAUCCAUAGUUUUCUAAUAAUUUACACUUUUUUUUACGUCUUUGACAUGUAUCAGGAUUCAAUUACAAUAGCAAUUAAAAUAGAUAUAGAGAUUAACAUCUCGAUCAAAUUUUAGUAUGCAUCUCGGCACAAGUCUAACAUAUCUUGCGCUUUUAAAGCUCCUCGAUGUAGUUUUACAAUGUAUUCCAUUCAUUUUUCAGUCCCGAAAAAACCACUGUCGCCGUUCGCCAAGUUUCGUCAGCUCGAUAGGCAGAACAGCGCCUCUUUAUCGCCAAGUCCUGUAAAAUCACCGGCGACAGAAUUUCGAUUCAAAUUUACCGAACCAACUGUACGAGACAAUGCUGUGCAAAUUAAAGAGCGACUGUUGGCGUGGUGUCGGUCGAAAACCAAAGAGUACGAGAAUGUGCAGCUCGAUAACUUUUCAACAAGCUGGAAUAACGGUUUAGCAUUCUGCGCGUUAAUUCAUCACUUUAGACCGGACGCUUUCGAUUACAAUUCUCUACGUCCGGAGAAUCGCAGGAAAAACUUUGAACUCGCUUUCACAAAGGCCGACGAAGUCGCUGGAAUCGCGCCAUUACUUGACGUCGAAGAUAUGGUGAUGAUGCAACGACCGGAUUGGAAGUGCGUCUUCACAUACGUUCAGUCCAUCUAUCGUCGCUUUAAAGAUGAGGACUAACUUUAAAAACGCAGCAGCAGCAGCACAGCACAAUUCCAUUUAAUAUCAAGAUAGAACAUGUGACCGCUAUUUUUGUAGAACAAUGUUAUCCAUUUAAUUCGUAUGUGGUUUGAAGAGAGAACCAUUUUUCUUUUUUUCUUUUAUAUGAUAAAAUUGAUGUUCCUGCGACCACAUGCGAAUCAAAUCUAAGGUAGUAAGCGUAGAAUUUCAGAUUCAAUGACAAUGUCUUCCAAUGAUAAUAAUGAUAAUAAUGAUGAAUCAAAUAUCGCGACUGCCCGAGAAGCUAUGUACUCGUACGCGUCUUAUAUUUUCAUAUUUCGCAUAUUUUCUUGGCACAGCCUUACUAACGCGUAACAACUUUCUACCGAUGUCAACGCAGCAGCUAAUGAUUUCCGCGAAAAUACACGGUGAUAUCAUGCACACGUGUAAGCGAAACACAGUCAAUCGCUGCCAAAUGGCGUUAGCCAUCGAUAUUAUAAAAAACUAAUAAAAAUGUCUUGAGAGAGUACCAAAGAGAUUUCUCAAAUAAAUAUGUGAUACGAGAAAAA